AUGACGAAGUCUGACUCUCUUAAAAGUGCUAAUAAAUCGACAACUUCGCAAAAACAAUUUACUACUAAUGCAAACGGUGAUAAAAACCUACAGCAACAAAUAACGCAGGGAUCUAAUAAAUCGACGACUUCCCAAAAACAAUCUACUAGUAAUGCAAACGAUGCUAAAAACCCACAGCAACAAAUAACCAUGGGAUCUUUGCAUAGUGUCAUCGUCUCUCUUCAAGCCGACAAUAGCCGAAUUCUCAAUUCCAUUGCUGCCCAGCGCGAAGAAAACAACAAACUAAUGAUAAAAAUUGAUAACAUGCACGAUGUUAUUAUUUCUAUGCAGCGUGUUAUACAUGAAAAAGACGAUGCGAUCGCUUCACUAAAGGCCGAGUUGAGUGACCUACGCUCUUGUAUGAUUACUGCUGUGGAGAAGUUUAACAGUGAUAACAUAUCCAAAUGUUUUGAUCAUGAAGCUGUCACGUCUUGCGCUAAUGUCAACAAUGUUUUGUUGUCGGCUGCUCUUCCACCUGUUCCUGUGUGUGACGCUUCGCAAAUCGAUGAUAAUAAUAGUGCUGCGCGCACUAACGCUUCCAAUAUUACUGUGUCUGCUAGUGCUUCUGUUUAUGAUAAGUCGCGACUUACUCCUACCUACAGAGAUGCUCUCACUAACAUGCCUACUGCUGCUACCUACGAUAUUGAGCGAUCAAUUCAUACCACACAGUUAACUGCAGCUGCUAAUACAUGUUACGAUACUACUGCGAUAUCCACUUCCAUUGGUACCAGUACAGCUAAUACACACACGGGUACUGCUAAUAUUGAUCAGGUUAUAACCCCUGCUGCUAGCUCAGCGCGUUCUUCUGGAUCUGGAGACGGUGCACAGUGGUCUACUGCUGGAAACAAAAAGCGUAUGAAACGAGUGCUAGUCGUCGGUACUAAUGCUAAUGAUGACUUAAAUGUAGCUGUCCAAUAUAAAUGGCUUCAUCUUUCUUCGUUCGCAACAACUGUAACUACAGAAAAUAUAAUUGAAUAUGUUGCUAAUCACGCUUCUGUGAGUAAAAAGGCUUUAGCGUGCUAUAUGUUAGUGAAGACCAAUACUCAAUUAUCAACUUUAAAAAGAAUAAAUUUUAAGUUGGGCGUACCACUAUCCUCUUAUGAAAGAAUAUUAAGUGCUGAUAUUUGGCCAGUAAAUGUGGUCGUGCGCCCUUUUCGUUUUUUCGAAAAAACCGAGUCAGCAAACCCACCUACUUAG